AUGUGCGAAGACAAGAAGCAUCACUUUUCUACUUGUCCAAAACGGAUAAGCAAGGACAAUACUACCGCACAACAAAAACGAGAUGGCCCAGCUGGAAUUCCACCCACCAAUAAACGUGGGAAGCAAGACAAAGGUAAAACUCCACAGCGGCAAAAUUGCGCUGUGACUUCAGAUACCCAAAUUUUGCCUGAAGCGGAUGACCGCGAGACACCAUUGCUGUGUGUAUCAAAUACAGAGCUCACUUCAAGGCAAAAUAAAGUCCUCUUAUUGACAGGACUUGCGAAAGUGCGAAAUAAGAAGUCAGGAAACCUUCAAGAUAUUGAAAUUCUUUUGGAUACAGGAGCUGAUAGGUCGUUUAUGCAGGGGCAACUGGCAGAUGAUUUAGAGUUGCCAAUAACGAACAAAGUGGAUUUAUCAGUCUGCACAUUCGGAGAUAAAUCCCCAAAAAGGCAAAAAUAUGACAUUACCCCUCUCCGAAUUUGGGAUGCCUUAGGAGAUAGUCAUACUUUCCACUUAUGUAAAACCGAUGUCAUUACGGAAAAGGCUAAACAAGUUCAACUUACAUCAGAAAACGCAGAGUACUUGCAGAAGAAAAACAUUAAGUUGUCCAAAAAGGAACAUACGUCUGUAAACCCUCAAGUAUUACUAGUCUGCGAUCAGCUCUGGCCUCUAUUGUCCACAACUAACCCUCAGCAUAUAUUACCAUCAGGUUUAAUGGUGAUCCCUUCUAAAUUGAGGUAUCUGCUGAGCGGACGACAAGAACGAAGCAGCGAAAAAAAGUACUCACUGCGAAAAAGCGGGAACUUUCAUAGUGCGAGAAUAAGUGCCCUCGAUGCAGAAGUAGAAGAGUGGGACCGGUAUUGGUCACUCGAAUCUUCUGGCAUUGAGGAGUAUGCAGGAACAAAGUGUGAAGAAAAAGCGCAAGUCAACGCCGAGAUCAUGCAGUAUUUUAACAACACGAUAGAGAAGCGCCAUGACGGAUACUAUGUCCGUCUCCCUUUCAAGAAAAAUUGCGACACAUUGCCUACAAACAAGACGUUAGCAUAUCGCCGCCUUAUCAGUGUUUGGAAUAUGCUUAAAUCAAAUGAAGACCUCCUUCAUCAGUACCAUAAGGUUUUCCAGGAGCAACUCGAAAAAGGUAUCAUUGAAGAGGUCCCUAAUACAGGGGAAAACCCUUCUCGUCUGGUUCAUUAUUUACCCCAUCAACCUGUGGUGACACCACAAAAGCAAACAACAAAGUUACGUGUUGUUUUUGAUGCGUCAUCCCACCUUAAGGGUUCUCCUUCGCUGAAUGAUGCGUUGCAUCAGGGUCCCCAUAUUCUGCCAGAACUAUAUGGAAUACUAUUGCGGUUUCGUAUGAAACCUCACGUAGUUAUAUCUGAUGUUGAAAAGGUAUUUCUGCAGGUCCGGCUGCAUGAACAGGACAGAGAUGUAACAAGAUGUUUUUGGAUAAAAGAUACGGCUCUCCCACCUGAAAAAGACAAUAUUGUGACUUAUCGGUUCGCAAGAAUUACAUUCGGUUUAAACGUUUCUCCUUUUCUACUAGCGGUAACUAUUCGAUACCACCUAAAUCAUGAGAUUAAGGACCAAAAACUAGCAUGCGAAAUCGGCGAAAACUUAUAUGUGGAUAACCUUAUAUUAACAGACGACAGCGAAGAGGAAAUUUUGGAGAAAUCCCUAACAACCCGUAAGGUAUUUCUUCAAAUGAACAUGAACUUGCGUGAGUUUCUUGCAAAUGUCAGCAGGGUGCAGGAAAAAUUCCCAAACGAAAUCUGCGCAAGCAAAGCAACUCAGAAAGUUCUGGGAAUCCCUUGGGAUGCCAAUAACGGCACAAUAUCAAUAGAGUGCAAGUUUAUGGAUACACCAAACAUCACGAAAAGAUCCAUUGCUCGUCAAAUUGCCUCCAUAUACGAUCCUUUGGGGUGGUUAGUUCCAUUGCUUAUCCCGCAUAAAUGUUUCCAACAAAAGUUAUGGCUAGAAGGCUAUACGUGGGACCAAGAAUUAUCACCUCAGCUUUCCGAACAACGGGAAACAAUGAGACAAAAUGCCAAUGACUUUCAAAAGACUUUGAAACGUGAGAUAUUAGUGCAGGCCCCUACCGACAUGGCGGUCUUUGCCGAUGCAAGCCAUGGACCAUGCCAUGGCCACAUGUGCUUACAUUAUCUCUGA